CAACCAAUCAGCAGCGGCAGCUCCGGUUGAAUUGCGGGUUCAAAACUCUAUCGGUUAAAGUUGCGAGAGUGGGUUUGAUCUAAUCCUUCUUUCACGGAUCAAUACAUCUGAAUAUUGUCACACCCGACUUCAUUUAACAACAGUCUAAAAUGGCUCAUAAACAGAUCUACUACUCGGAUAAAUACACAGACGAUCUCUAUGAAUACCGACAUGUGGUCUUACCGCGAGAACUGGCCAAACAAGUGCCCAAAUCCCACCUGAUGACCGAGGACGAGUGGAGGAGGCUGGGCGUGCAGCAGUCGCUCGGAUGGGUCCAUUAUAUGAUUCAUGAGCCAGAACCUCAUAUUCUGCUGUUUAGGAGACCUCUACCAAAACAAUGACAGUCAGUGACACUUGUCUCUUCUGGAACAUUCCUGUGGUUCUCAGUGAAUACUGGAGAACUUAACCACGUUUCUGGACUCCUGUGACCAUGAUGCUGCAUUUCAAGGCAAUUAUGCUCGAACAGAAUCAAGGGAUUGUGGGAAAUGUAUUUUCAGUGAAAAUUUAAGGGCUCUUAACAAAAUCAUGUGACUCAAGUGCCUCUCUGAGUGAAGCUAAACCUUUAAAGAUUUGUGUUGAAUAAAAGUCUGUGCUGCAUCAUCAGUGUUUAGAAACCUAAAUCAGUGUUUAAGUGGCUACAUUAAUUUUGGGGAUAAAAGAUGUACUGUAUGCUAAAGGGAGAUAAUUUGUGUGUAUCUAGUUCAUGUAUUGGCCGUUCUCAGGUUGAAAUUCUUCGUUUGCAUUAAUUCUUCAGGGAAGGCGAUUGUAAUACUGUACAGAUGCUUCAUAAAGUUUAAAAUGUGCUUAUAUCUCGUAUAAGACUUUGUUAAUAAUGUAGUUGUAGAAGAGCCAUGAUGACAGCACUAUCAGCAACUGUGCUACUUAUGAACAGGAUUUAUAUGGAGAAAAAAAGGGUUUGACCCUUUAUCACAAAUUACUUUUGAAAAAGAAUAAAAUGAUGACUGUGUAAACUGUUAUUUUAUCCUUGCUGCUCUUUAUAAUAAAACAGAUAUUAAAAUGCCACCUCA